UAUCGCUUAAGAUGUGUCGUUGACCUGACGCGAGUCGCAGGGAAAUUCUUUGAUAAACGCAGACUUAAAUGACAUAACAACAGCGCUGACACACACACUCAAACACGAACGCCCACACACAGGUUUUUUGCAUGCGAGCAAACACUUGUCCAUUGAGCAAACCAUGCGCCACUAUUUGCUGCUUGGUACUCAAAGUCCGAGCGCCAGCUUACUGCAAAUGUGGGGGUAGUGCCGCUAAUUGGUUGACUGGUUGUGUGCGAAAUAUAAGCGGCGGUUCUAACGAACGCGUUAGCAGUACGAUAUCAUCACUCAGAAAUUGACUUGAACGGUUGAGAACGCGACUAUGCAGAUCUGAUAAGGAAUUCCGAAGCGCACACGAGUGAAAGCAUUUUGGAUAUUUGGAAAAAUAAGUGACUUACUUAAUCGAAACGAACACACACACAGUCGCAUAUAGCAAAUGUUAGAGAUCGUUGCACGCUCGUGGGUAUUGCCGUGCGAAAGUUUCCGAACCGAAAACUGGUUAAUGAGUAAUGAAAUAAAACGCAAGACUUGUCUCGCAGUGCACCAAUUUUCAAUUUGAUUGUGUUUGAAAUCGAAGUUAGCUUACCUACUUUUUAAAGUGGCGCGCAAAUUUAGUUAAACACAGUAAGUCAACGGUUACGGUUGUGUUGUCAGCUACCAGUUUCAAGAAUAUUCUAACGCAUUGCAAUAAUUCGAAAUUAAGUUAAUAUGAAAUAGUGAAAUAUUCACUUGGUCAAGGCAAAACAAUAUAUUUUAAUGAAAACGGAAAGUGAAUUUGAAACUGAACAAACUUAAUACUAAAAGUUUCGUUAACUCUCGCCUGACGGAGAAGAUACAAGUGCUCAGCUCGAACUAAGGAGUUGUUAACCUACUUUUUUAAUUAUUUUCGAUUGAGAUUUCGAAAUUUUAAUGACACAUCACAUGGAUUCCAGCAUAUCCAUAAAUAAGGAGCAAAUGGAUCCGUAUAUGAAGGCCAUGCAUACCAAACGCUUCGUGGUAGAGGAUUCAAUAACCAAAGUGACUUCCGAUGGCGAACCACACGAAAUGAUGACAAUGAUCGCUGGACUCUCUGGUCUUUUUGCUGCCAUGGUCAUACUAGCUGUGCUAGUAUCUCUGGUCAGCUGCAAGAGCAGCAAGAAAGUACGACAUUGCAAAAAUUGUCCGCGCACCGCAAAUGAAAAAGCUGGUAACACCGCACGUACAUUAGAUGAUAAUAGUACACGUUCGUCCAUAUCGACCACUUAUAUCCGUGCCACAAGCGUCGAAGAUGGCAACACUGUGCCACCAACACCCAUAUACAAUCCGGCUGUUUCGAUGAUUUCUUCUGGUAAUCUAUCGGGCAAUCUAAAUGCGGCAUUUAUGGGCAGUGAGUUGAAUUUGACGAACACGCUGGGCAAGCCAAAGAAGAAGACGCACUGGAGUGAUGAGGUGAAUGCGCAAGUGAAUGUGAAGGAGACCGCUGUGGAUAUCGAGCGUUUUUGA